GCUCGCUUCGUCUUGUUGUCCAGCGCCGCAAUGCGCAUGCUCCGGCCUGGACUUUAGGGUGGGAGUUAGCCGUUAGCACCGAGCUAACAGCCGGAGCGUGUAAUGGCGGCCUCGGUGUUGUUGGGCUCUGCGGACAGCGCCGGACUCAGCUUCACCAUCGGGGGCGGCGGCACCGGGAAUAGUAACGGACUGGGCCCGGCGCCCUGGAACCGUUCUCUGGACCGAGCGCUGGACGAAGCCGCGGCCACCGGGAGCUUGAACCUGAGCGGCAGGAAGCUGAAGGAGUUCCCCCGGUGCGCCGCCAACCACGACCUGACCGACACCACCAGGGCCGAUCUGUCUCGUAACCGGCUGUCGGAGCUUCCUCUUGAGGUUUGUCUCUACGUGUCUCUGGAGAGUCUGAACCUGUACCAGAACUGUCUGCGGUCGCUGCCUGACGGCCUGCUCAACCUGCAGGCGCUUACCUACCUGAACCUCAGUCGGAACCAGCUGUCGGUGCUGCCCGCCGUCGUCUGCGGCCUCCCUCUGAAGGUUUUGAUCGCCUGCAACAACAAGCUGGUUUCCCUGCCGGAGGAGCUGGGACAGCUGAGGCACCUCACCGAGCUGGAUGUGAGCUGCAACGAGAUCCAGAUUCUGCCUGCUCAGGUGGGCCAGCUGGAGGCUCUAAGAGACCUGAACAUCAGGAGAAACCACCUGGUCCGACUGCCACCAGAGCUGGCCGAGCUGCCUCUGGUGCGUCUCGACUUCUCCUGUAACAAAGUGACCUCCAUCCCCGUCUGUUAUCGCCGCCUCACGCAGCUGCAGACCAUCGUCCUCGACAACAACCCGCUGCAGACCCCGCCCGCUCAGAUCUGCAUUAAAGGGAAAGUUCACAUAUUUAAGUACCUGAAUCUGGAGGCCAGCAAGACGACGCCGGACCUGCCCGAGUACGACAGACGACCUCUGACCUUCAGCUCCUGUGUGGAUGAGCUUUACCCCGGGCGUCCCUACGGAGCGCUCGACUCCGGCUUCAACAGCGUCGACAGCGGAGACAAGAGAUGGCUGAGCAACGAGGCCUCAGAGGAGCUGUCGGAGCUGCCCCAGCGAGUGGCUGACAUCAGCCGAGACCAGAGGCAGCGAGGAGGCGCGGCGGGAGGAGCGGCGCUGCCUAAUGGCACAUAUGGGGAGUUGGAGCAGAUCGACUUCAUCGACAGCUGUGCGGGUGAGGAGGAGGAGGAGGAGGGGAGGAGUCGUGGGGGAGGAGACAGGACCAGCCUGAGCUCUCAGUUCAUGGCUUACAUCGAGAGACGCAUCACCAGAGAGGGUUCUCCUGUGAAAAGCGGCUCUUCGAGGAUGGAAGACCCGAGGAGACACAGCAGGGGUGGAGUCGAUAGCGCCGCGGCCGCAUCUGGCUCACACGGACAGAGAGGCGGCGUGGAGAGGAUGAGGAGGGAGGCGCAGCUCGCCGCCAUGAGGUACGACGAGGAGCGGCAGAAGAACCGCUCGCUGCAGAGGGACAACGUGAGCGGACACGCCAAGCAUAAAGCAGCUCCGAGUCCCACGAAGGCCAGUCCUGACACAGAGAACGUCUACCCCUCCCGACGCUCCACCCACACAGACGACUCCGCCCUGUUCAUGGGUGAGGACCGAGCUGCUCUCUCUCCUACAGCCAAUCAGUCGCCGUCUUACCCCAGCUCGGGGGGCGUGGCCUCCUGUCGAACUACCAAUGUGCGGCCAGAGAGCUUCCUGUUCCGGCUCGCGCAGAGGGAGGAGAAGAGGAAAGGUGAUACCUCUGCUCCUCCGAGCCAGGAGGAGGCUCCCGCCGCUCCUCCUCUUGCUGCAGAGGACGUCGAGGUGGUGGAGCAACUCAGGAAGAACAUCGAGGCUCGUCUCAAAGUGUCACUGCCGAGUGACCUGGGAGCAGCCCUGACGGACGGCGUGGUUCUCUGUCACCUGGCCAAUCACGUGAGGCCGCGGUCCGUCCCCAGCAUCCACGUCCCCUCCCCUGCCGUGCCCAAACUCACCAUGGCCAAGUGCCGCAGAAACGUGGAGAACUUCCUGGAGGCGUGUCGCCGCAUCGGAGUCCCACAGAGUCAGUUGUGCCUUCCUCUUCACAUCCUGGAGGAGCGAGGGCUACCCCAGGUGGCCGUGACCGUCGGCGCCCUGCUCAACCUGGCCCCGCCCCGACACUCCAGCACCACAGCGACCCCCACGACGCCAUCAACCCCACCGGGGCCGUCUGUCACCAUCUAGCCAUAUUUGCACCCCAUUUGUACCAGCCAAUCAGAGCUAAGCGUCUCUUAAAGCCUGCAUGAUGUCAUCAGAAAGUGUCCGAAGCUCCUGCAGCAGGGGGCACAAUACCACAGUGAUGGGUUCUGAGCUCCUAUUGGUCAGUGCUGUAUGUAUGGAAGCCCAUUUCGGGGGGGGGGGGAUGCUACCCAAUUACCUCGGCUGAAAUGAAUUUUAAAGUAAAAGAUGAAUCGAAUAUUUAAGGUCGUGUCUGAAUGACAAAAAAAUAUUUCACAGGUGAGACCUUCAGGCACCUCAUAGGUGCAGGUUCAAUUCCCCACGGCCACUUGCUGCCCGCUCUCUGCUGACCAAUAAAGGCUCAGCGCCCCCAAAAUACAAAGUAGAGUAAAACGUUCAGACGUUUGCAGCAAGUGUGUUUCCAUUUGUGGGCAGAAAUGGGCUUCCAUCCCACCUGUGCCGUCACUCUGCAGGUGAGGGAGUGGCUGAUGGGCAGUGAUGGAGACGAGUCGAGCUGAACUGAUCUUUACUCUUGCUGCAAGGUUUGUUAGAAAUCAGCUUCUCACAGGUGGAGGUUUCACUCUGGACCUAUUACACUCAUCACAGAUGACAGAGCCGCAGAGCAGACCAGAUAGGAAGGAGCAAAUAAUCUGACCAGAUUUUAAUGCUGUACCUGGUGUAGGCGGAGCUAAUCUAUUCCAUCUGCUGAUUAUUACAAGUGAUAAUAAUGAGUGCCCUCACCGUGAAACCACAUCUGCUUGUGUUUGAGCAGCGGUCCAAAGGAAAUCCUCCACGUGUGACAAGGUGAAAAGAUAGAAGCUUACCACCUUUGACCUUUGCCCCCUGAGUCUGAGGUAAAGAAGGUAAAAUGAUCCUCUGAUGUCAGAAAAAUAACCCAGAGGCAAAGUGGGAGGUGGUUUAUUCUACUUGUCAAGUUUUCUAACGGGUGAAUCCAUGCAGUUCAACAUCUGUGUGACGUUGGUUCUACAUGCAUUUGGUUACCUGUGUAGGCGGAGCUUAGAAACUAAUAUGCAUAAUUAUUGAGCCAGUGUUAAACACAGACGACUCAAAACCAUAAAACUCUGUUAGGUGGAUCGUUCUGCUCAUUCCAACGUUAGCUCUCACAGAGCGGCUUAGCAUGAGUCCCCGUCAUCUUGAGCCUCAGCUCAGCUGCUGUCUCACACAAGCCGGUUUAGCUCCUCCGCCUUUAAACGUGCUUUAUUCUGAUUGGCUGUAUCUCACAAGCAGAAGACUUGAACAACAGAUGGGUGGAGCUUUUCUCUGUGACAUCACACAGAUCAAUGAAUAGAAAAAAAACCUCAUAAUUCCCAGUAGCUGCAGACACACUGAACUUCCUGUUUAACAUGAACAUUUGCCACAGAAACAGGAAAUGAGAAAGGGAAAAGCACUUUAAUUUAAAAAAAAAGUAUUUCAUGUUCUCAGUAACAUCUGAUUGAUCAAUAAAGUCUGAAACUGUCCGGUCUGCACACUGAGAUACAGUUGCAGUGCUACUAAGGGCUAACGGAAGCUAACAGCAGUUUUGUUUUGUUUAAAUAACACUAAUGUAUCUUGUGGCUAAUAUAGCUUAAAGUUAAUAUUGGCAAAGAUAAACUUAUUGUAAGCCACAUUUAAUGGCUAGCGGUGACCUAGCUAAGAUGAGUGUGCUUAGUUUAAAAUAAUAAUAAUAAAGAGAAAACUAUUCCCAGAUUACCCAUCGCUAACAGUGACGAUUCUGAAUUUGCUUCAGUCUGAAAAUGUAACUGACUGUUAAGGCUAACACUAUUAAAACAGAGUAAAUGUGUUGGAUCACGCUGAUCAUGCUUGUCAUGUUUGCAGAGACACAGGCUGAUACUUACGUAGCAGUCUGUUAACAGAAACCAGCUAGCUGGAAGACUAGCUUGAAAUAGGUAGCUAUAAAAGUAUCGUGAUGAGUUCAGACUUAACAUGAACUACAGCUAGGAAGUGGCCUAAGCUAACGAGUAAGCAGUAGUCUAAAAUUGAAUAGACUCUCUGCUAUCUCUGGGUAAAACUAUAAUAAGACUAACUUUAUGAACUGUUAGAUAACAGUACUUAAUAUUAUAUAUGUGACACAGUUAGCUUUAAAAAUACUGACAUUUCAAAAGUUCCGUAACUAUUUUAACAUGGCUAACUGCUGAAGAAAGCUAACACUAAUGGUACUCUUAUGUCGAGCUAACCACAGAAGGUAGCUAAGAUAAAGUCAGGUAAAGCUAACAGCUUGUUUCUAAUCUGAAAACGGUCGACGAUCGCUUAGUUUAUAGCAUGAUUGCUAAAUGCUAAUGUUACAGUAGUGGGUUUGAUCGUGCCCAGUAUUGUCAAAGAAAUUAUUUAUUUUUCCUUUUUGGUUUUUUUUUAUAGUUUAUUUAGUUUGUUUUUUUUUUUUUUAUGCUUUUAGUUUUGCUUUAGGUGGCAGGGCCUCUGCCAGUCUUCCAUUGUGGGGCACUUACUCAAAUGUGAGCUACUUGCUAACAGUAAAUAAUAUCCCAAAAGAAGCAGCAAGGACAAAGUGUGGUUCAGUUCGGCUCUGUUCGUCUCCAACUGUCCUUAUUAUGGUAAACACCUUCAUCUCGCCGCUGAUGAAGAGGAGGAUGUCGUCUGUACAGUUUUUACUCAUGUCCUUGUGAUUUAGGUCAAUCAUGUGACCUGGCUUUGUGAUCACCUGAUCAGACCUUUGUCACAUGUGCAGCUGAAGGCGACUGGGUGGUUUCUGUUGCAUGCUGGGACAUUUUUCACCUUGUAAAGGUGGCCCGACUGUUGUGUACAAAUAUAUCCUGUAAAUAGAAAUUUACUGAUGAUGCUCUGUAUAUGAGGCCGAAACCUGGGUGUUACUACGACAACAGAGAUGUUUGUGUUGCCAUGUCAACAAUGGGGGGAGGGGGAGGGGGUUCUUCUCCUGUCAGUGAAGUAAGCAAACAGCUGCUGUACUGUAAUUUUAUUUAUAAAAGUUCGUCUUGACAACAGUGAUCAAAGCAAUACCUGCUCAGCGUCUCACUCCAACUGGAGCUCCAAAAGGUUCCAACUGCACAAACACAGUCAGGAGGUGCAGCUCAGGUGAAGCAGACUGCUAGCAGCUACAGCCGCUUGUGUCACCAUCCGCCUGUCAGGCAGAAGCCACACCCCUAAUAAUGCAAACAGGUGUCAUGAAGGGGCCAGACCCUUUGUGUGUCAGGCUGUAAACAUGUGUGUGGGGCUGACUCACUGCUGCCUCUGCUGGACAUUAGAGGAACUGCAGCACACAUCCUGCCAUCUACAGUGGGCGUGGCCUCUGUGUACAGUGAUGUCAUGAAUCUGAGCUGCUGCUGCUUCACUAACCGGAGGAGAAGACUGUGUUUAUAAUUUAAACUGUAAAGAUGAGUAAAGGGGGCUGGUGCUGUGUUCAGGUGGCGUAGGACAUCAGCAUGCUGACACUACACUAAACACUUGCUGAAGCCUCACUUUGUUUCUCAGUCACCUGAACAGAGCACAACUUGAACAACCUGAAUUAUGACAAGUAGGCUGGGCCCCGCCCCCUGAACCACCUCCACCAAUCAGCUCAUCUUAACUGGACUCACCUGAGAUCUGAGUGAACCUGAUGGGGACAGGUGUGGUGGCUUAGAGGUUUCAGAAAGGUGAUGGUGUACAGAUGUUUUCUUCUUCAGGCGCUCGUCUUGUGACACCAGCGGGUCACGUGACGUGGGCGGCUGUUUUUCCACUUGUGUGUUUUUGCUGUUUCAGUCAUAAAAUAAAUAGAAUGUGGCUUUGAUGUUUUUAUUGUCUCAACACCGCACACAGGAAGUGGUGAAAAACAUGUGGCCAAAAAACGAGAACACCAUCAGCUGAUUGUGUUCAUACUGUAAAUGUUUCCUAUGUUUUCUGUUUUUCUCUCCUUGGUGUUUUUUUGUUUUGUUUCUGUGAAUAAAGUAGAAAUAUUUGUCACAGGUGAA